GAAAUCUUAUAUUAAUGUUAAAAUUAAACUAUUUUUAUAUAAGCAUUAUAAGAAAAUUGUAGAAAUAAUACUGAAAAAUUCACAAAUAAAUUAAAAAAAAUUUUUUUAAGGUUCCGUAAAUAAUCAAUUCAGUGUGUCCCUGAAAAUGUCAUGUUGAAUAUUGUGUGACGUUAUUUUCCUAACGAUUACGUUAAAAUUUACAAAAUUUCAAUAUAAUUUUUAACAACAAGGAGUGCGUCUUGGAAAUCACAUCGGAAGUAUCUAAUGGCUAACCCAAUACCACCUUUGGUUUGUUCAACACCUCCGCCUAUAGAUGAUUUUGAUGAAGUUUCACAAAUCGACGACAGAACUGAUACUGACUAUGGCGAAUAUGAAGCUAACACUGAUGUCGAAUUCGGAUCUUUUGAAGGUCCCUCUCUACCUAAUACACCUAGGCAUAUUAACAUUUCUGACAUUAUAACAGAAGAUAGAAACAAUAGUUCUAGUGAAUGUGAUAUCAAAAAUGUGGAAGGGUCCUCGUCUCAAAAUGUUACAAGUGAUGAGAUCGAAAGCUUUCCCAUAGAAAUUUCUGAAGAAGAUGUAGUUACAAAUAUUGAAAAAAUUUCACUUAAGGAAGCUGUAGAGGAAAAUGAUGAUAGUAUUAGUAUUGAAAUUGCAGCAGAUGAAGAAAAGGGAGAAAACGAAAGCAACGUGAGGCAACCAGAUCCUUAUGAGUGUAGAUGGGAGAAAUAUGAAUCACCACCUUCUUUGGAGCUAUCUUUGCAAGUAGUUUCCGAAGAAAAUGAUUCUUGCGAAAAAAUAUCAAACGAUGGCAAAGAUUUAGAUAAAUUCGACAACGAUGAACAAUCAAUUUCGAAAUAUGAAAGUUUGGCUUCAAAAGAAGAUUCUGUAGAAAUUUCAAUUACAGACGGAAAACUUCCUGAAAAAGCCACAAUAGAAUUUCAAGAUUUUCUGAAAGAUACUUUAGUAGAACAUGUGCUAAAUAAGGUAGAAGUUACAAGUAGUGAAAGCGAUAUUGGAAGAAAUAUUGAUAGCUGUGAAGCAAUUUCUCCAAAAAAAAUUGAAGAUGAAAAUAUUGAUAAAUCAUGCGUUUUAAGUUUUACUCAAACUUACAACAUACACGAAAACGAGUCGGAAUUCAAUUCACCCCCAGGCUGUGAAAUGAUAAAUAGCGAAUUGAUAGGAAAUUCUGUUCCAGCGGAUAACUUAGUUUUUGAAGCAGAUUUUAGUCAAUUUGAAAACGCUUUGCCAUUAAAUGCAACAAUUAAAACUGAAGAUAGCUAUUUUAUUUGUGAAAAUGAAAUUGAAAAAAGUGCUGGUUUAUCUUGUGAGAAAAUUCCAAGCAUUCAUGAUUUAAAACUAGGAAAUGAAAACUUUUCUUCAUCGUUAGAUGACAAUAUAGAAAAUCGUUUUUCAAAUUUAAAUACUAUAUCUAAAGUGCAAAUCGAUUUAGAAACUGAAAAAAUCGAUGAUUUCGACGAAGAAUUUGGAGAAUUUAGCGAUUUCAAAGAUGCUUCCAUUACGGCAACUAACUAUACUAUGAGCAAAGUAGAAAAUGAGAAGAUGUGCAACCCACAGAAAACUGAAACAGUUUCCUCAAUUUUGGACUCUAUGUUUCCACCCUUCGAAAACUGUAGUGAUAAUGGUGAUAAGAAUGAUAGUAAAUCUAUAAGAGAAUUAGCUGAGAAUUAUUCUAUCUUAACGAAUUAUGAUUCUGCUAACGCUCUCGGUUAUCAGUGGAGUAGUUCAAAUACAAGGCAUUCGCUUAUAAAAUCAUUAGGUAUUGAUUCAAGGAACAUUUUAUAUGGAGAAAAAUGGAAUUGUUCAAUGCCAAAGUUUGCAUCAAAUUUAGGAUUUACACCUUUAGAACCAUUAAAACCAGCGAAAGUAGACAGUAAAAGUCAACAACUAUCUAAUUCAGUAAUUUCAAAUAGUUGUAAUGGAACAAAUAAACAUAACCCUAUCCCAGAUGCUGAAUUUGAUUGGAAUAGUUCUGGUUUAAUUAAUCCUUUAGACGCAUCACACGCACACACUUUACUAUUGGAUUAUGAUCUAGACCAACUAGUGGUGGUGGCUAAUCUAGAUAAUAUAAAACUUGAUUCCUACUCCUCCUAUUUGUUUACAUCAUCAUCAUCUGCAUCAACUUCAACAUCAACAUUAUUACCAACAACGUCAUAUUGUACUACUAAUACGUUUACAACAACAAAUGGCUCUGUAACAACCACUUGUCCUCCAUUGAACUAUUUUGAACAUCGUUGGGUUAAUAAUAUUAACUGUGACAAUAAUAUAACAACCGAUACAACAUUGGGUAAUGGUACAAUACAAAAUUUCUCUAACAAUUCAACCUGCUUAAAUUCACACGCACUGAAUAAUAACAAUUUUAAAAAUGUGCUUAUGGAAUUUGGUUCUAAAUGCCAUUAUGGUGAAAUUGCAAAUCAAAUAAAUAAAAAAAACUAUAACAUUAAUACUGUAAUGAAUGCAACUAAUGCAACUACUAAUAACAAUUAUGACAUCAUACUUGACUAUUCUUUAAGCAGUAGGAGCAAAAAACAAUUUGAAGAGAAACAGAAUAUCGAGAUUCAUACAACAGCAAACGAGCCUGGCGAGGUUGAUUCAUCCACCGAGCCAUCAAAAAUCGAAGAUGAGUCAGCUAAAGCAAAUGUAUCAACAAAAUAUGAGAUCGGAACAGAAAAGAUCCUUAAUGACAUUGAAUUCAUCGGUAGCCUCAGUAGCAGCCACAAUGAAAACAGUUCAACCGAAUUUGCAGCAUACCCAACGGCACCAUCAGAGCCAUCAAACGAUGAUGAUGACAGUUCCGCAAAAUCAAAAACCACAUCUAUCGACAUUGAAUUACCGACAUUAUCAAAAACAACAUCAACUUCCGGAGAGGAAAAACUACCAGUCGUCGACAUUAGUUUAGGAUCUAGUACAAUUUCGAUAAAUUCAAAGCCAAUUUUUUCAACAAACACCCCAAAUCAACUUUCGAUUAAUGAAAACACAAGUAAGCUAAAUGAAAAUUUUAUUAAACAACUUAAUAGUUAUUCAAAUGAUUAUCUAAAUAUGGGACCGCCGCCAACGACGUACGUAGUUCCAUUAAAAGAGACUCACAUUUUUACACCAACAAAAAGUGAUAAUCCGAUUUCGCAAAGUACUGGUGGAGAUUUUAGAUCUACAUGCAGUCAAAAUUCAAAUAUUAACAAUUCUAGUGGCGGUAUUGUAUGCAGCCUUAUUGAAACAGUCGAUUUCGAUUACGAGUCCGCAGCAGCGGGAACAAAAAUUAAUGAAAAAGUUAUAAAAAAAGAAUAUCACGAUAUUGAAUAUGAUCCAGGUAAGUUUGGCCUAAAACCAAUAGAUUUGCAAUUAGCCGAUAAUAUUGGAAUAAAUAACGCUCAAAAUAAAAGCAAAGAUGCAAAAAUUAGUGAUAAUAAUUGCUUAGACAUUAAUGAUUUAGAAGAAAACACAAAUUCAGCAACCAGUUGGACAUUUGAUUUGAAGAAUUGCACUAAUGAAACCGAGAAAUCGCAACCUUUAGGGUCAGAUGUUUUAAACAAUGAUCGAUCGAGUCCAAAUCCAACUAUAUUUUCUUCUAACCAACCGAUUAAAACUCAAACAACGGAUAUUUUUACCGUUCACCAUCAUAAUGAGUCAGUUAUGCCAAGUGAUAUAACAGUGUCAAAUAAAAAGUUUGUUGUUGAUUUUGAAAAUAUUACAAAUGCUGAAACUACAAAUCUUGAAAAAACUCAAAAUUUUGGUAGUACUGAUUUUAAAGAAAUUUCCAGUAGCUUAUCAAAAAAUAACUGUGAUAAUUUUGACGACGAGUUUACAGAUUUCCAGUCAGUUUUACCCUCGCUAGAAUAUAAAAAUAAUUUUGCAGAUCUAACACGUUCAUCGUGUAAUUUCAACCAAAAACAUGAAGAUAAAAGUCUAGACAUAAAUUCAACAUCAAUAAGUGCAUCGUUCAAAGAAAAUGAUAAGAGUAGAAACCAAACUCCAACUUUACCAUGUGAUGAUCGAAUGAUUCUUUCGCCAGCAAUUUUAUUACCUCAGUCAGUAUCUGUGAGUCAUUCGAGUUGUUUAAAUGAAACACCGAAAAUUGAGUGGCCUCAACCUGGAAUAAGCAACGAUGAUCUGGCGCGUUUAGAAAAUUUUUUCCCCCAAAUGAAGUCAUCUCCUGUAACAAGCAUGGAUAAUACCAGCAAUAACGACGACGACUGGUCUGAUUUCAUGUCAGUUCCCCCACAGAGCAAUUUGACACUACAAAAUAAUCCAUCCCCCAAAAUUGUUCAUAAUGAAUCAAAUUUAAAUAUUAUUUACAAUCCCCAAUCUCCUACGAAGGUUUCAAGUAAACGUACCACAUCACAUUUAAAUAACUCACAUGAUGAAGAUGAAUGGUCCGAUUUUAUUUCAAGUGCCCCCGUUUCUUCAAAUUUAGGAAACCCCAACAGUAAUAUGCUUCCCGGAAAUCAACAUCAAUGGAAUAACAUUAUUAAACCAAAUAACUGUUUAGCAACCGGUCAACAAUAUCAUAAACAUAAUAAUAUUUUUGUGCCAAGUCAACAACAAGAAAAACAAUAUGGAUAUUUAAAUAGCAAUAACAAUAAAAUAAGUCAAUAUCUUUUAAAUAACACAUCAGCAGGACAGACAGAUAAUCACAUAAAUAGUGGAAGUAAUAACAUGCAAUUAAAUUCUUUGAAACCAAAUGAUUUUAUACCUCAUCAUCAUUUACAACACCAAGUAUUACAAAAACAACAAAAAAUUUUAACACAAUCAACAAACAAUGGUAGUAAUAUCAUUGGUAAUAAUAUAUCUUUCAUACCAGAUCUAGGUUUUAGCUCACCACAAAAUCAAUUUAUCAAUAUCACAAAGAGAAAUUACCAACGUAAAUGAUUGUUAAGGUAUGAUAGGGCUUCGAAGAGAAAUUUAGAGGAUGUCGUAUUGUAAUUAAAAUCUUUAGCUAUAUAAUUGUAUAAUAACUGUAUUAUUCUUAACAUAUUUUAUGAAAAACAAACUUAUUCAAUAUUUCGAAGCCAAAGUAUUAUUUUAACAAUUUUUUGACUUGAUUGAUUUUACACCAUUUAUUUAGCAGAUAUGUAUUAUAACGCAAGAUAUUUAUGUUUAAAUUUUGUAUAUGUGAAAUAUUUUUCUUUGGAACUGAAAUGUUUUGUGUUUGCAUACUAGCUUACACUACACGCUUUUUCUAGUUUAUUGUGCUAUUAUAAAUUUUAAAUCGAAAAUCAAUCUUUUCCCGGAGUAAAUGUAUCAAAAUUUUUAUUAUUAAUUAUUCUUUAAGCUAUUAACUAUUCUUCGUUGCAUAAAUACAAUAAUCAAUUCGAAAAAACUAAUAAAUACAUUUUUAAGUGAAUAACUAAACCGAUAAGCAAAAUAAGUUUUAUAAAAAGCUUAAAUUUAUUUUACAUGUGUACAUGCAAUAUGUAUGUAUAUAUGAUAUACAUACAAUAUACCAUAUAUUUUGUUUUAUUUUGAGUUUUCUGGCUGCAUUGUAGUAUUUUUCCUAUAACACCUAAAACAUAAAUCUUUGAAAAGUUUCAAUAUAAUUUUUCUCAGGAGUUUUCUUUUUCCCCUUGUAAUUUUUUUUGAAUAUAAAGGUUUAUUAAUUUUUUAUUCAAAUAUUAAGUCACCAAUUUAAAAAUUAAUACAAAAGCGUAGAAAAUAUUUUGGAAUUCAAUAAAAAAUAAUGCAAUAUUCUUGAACAUUGAAAUUUAUUGGAAUAUUUUGUAGCAAUAUCAUAAUUAUCAUUUUUGUUGACAAAACUUCUGACGAAAAUAAACGAGUUAAAUAGUUGUACAAUAAAUGAAAAAAUGUAGGUGGUAGAAAUAAGAGCAACCAGAUAAGAAAUAAUAAUAAGAAAAAAAAAACAUUCCAUCCUUUUAAAUUUAGAUAUUAAAUAUUUAUGUGUAUAUUUAUGUUUGUACUUUUUAAGUUAAUUAUAUUUAUUUUGUUUUUUCUUGUUAUUUUAUUAUUACUUAAAAAUGUUUAUAUUUAAGGUACAAGUUAUAUAAAUAAUUAACUAAUAAAUAUUAGUCAAAAUAUAUUAAGUCAGUAGGAAAUACAUAUUAGUAUAUUUUAAAAAUUUUAAAAUGCAAGCAAUUAGAAAGCAAAAUGAGAAAAUGUUCUAGUUUCGGUCAUUUUUAUACGGAAAAUGCUAUAAUACAUUAUUCAAUUUUAUUUUCAUUAUUGUUUUAUUAUAUUUAUUCACAUGCUUCGAGCAUAUCCGGUAUUUUACUUGCAAUUUAUUUUUUAAUAAGAAAUUUUAGAUUUAUACGCUUUUUAACAUUUUAGUUAUUUGAUUGGACUUAACCAUUUCAGGAAUGCCAUUAUUCCUAAUGAUAAAUAGCAUCGUUCAAAGUUACAUUGCAAUUUUUUUCAAAAUGAAUAUUAUAGAUCAUAAUAUGAUCGAAAUUUUAAAGUAUCUUGAACAAAACUACUUUUUAAAUAUAAUAUAAUUAAUUUAAUAUAUUACUAUAGCAUACGUAAUGUAAUAUAUAAUGUAUAGUAUAUGAUAUAUAAAACAUAAUUAAAUAACGAAUAAUUUGGUAAAAAAAGGCAAUAUAUAAUACAUAAUAAUGUAGAUAUAUGCAUAUUAUAUUCGUAUUAAAAUAGUCAUUGCUAUCUAACUGUACUGGAAAUCUUCCGGAAUGUAAAUAUAAUGAAAAAGUUAUAUCCGUUAGAAUUCAACAUAUACAUAUGUACAUGUUAUAUUUCAGAAUAUAUUUUAAACCCUUACAAAAACGUUAGUUAACAUAUAGAACUGUUCUUAAAACUCUUAAUUUUACUUUAGAAUAUACUUAUGUACUUAAUUUAAAAAAGAAAAUAAUUGCAGAUUUUAUUUAAUAUAAAUCAAUAAUUAAUAAGCUAUACUGCCUAGAAAAAUCUUGUUUUUGUAAUAGGUUUUGGAAAAAAUGUAGGCUUUGAGUAGAUUUCAGUAAAAUAAACGAAAAUAUUAGAAAUUAACUUAUUCUGAAAAAAAAAUAAACUAUAAUACAAAAAAAACUCGAUCGCCAUUGAGAUUUUAAGUAAGAUUUAAAACAAAGGUAAUUUUCGAUAAUUCAAAUAUACACUUUAAGUUCUAUUUCAAAUCUUGAAAAUCUUUUUUCUUUCAUCAUUACAGAUCUUCUAGAACUACCAAUAGUUUUCUUUUUCACAUUUUUAACUGUAUUAAGAUUUGGGGCAUUUAAAAAGAAUGUUUAAAAUUGCCCUAAAACUUUAAGUAUACUACAAUUUUCGAACGCGUUUCUUUUGCAGAAAACAUUUACCAAACAUAUUGCAUUUGAAGAUUUUGUAGUUUUGAUUUAUCAAACUUGUUUUAUGCUAAGUUAGAAUUCAAAAUCCCCAAAAGAUACAAAACGCACGAAAUUAUUUUCAACGUUAACCAAGUUUAUUUACGUAAUACACUUGAAUUUUAUACAAAUAAAGUCAAAUAUUCUUUAAUUAUUCAAAAAUUCAAUCCUUAUCUUAUUUACUUGAAACAUUAUAUAAAUUUUGAGUUUAAAACAAUUAGAAGAAAAUAUUUAUGUAUAUUUUAUGUUAAUUGUCUGAAAAUAUCAAAAAUGUCAAUUAUAACUCAUAAUAUUAAUCAAUAUUAGUUAAAUUAUUUUUUAACUACCUUCGAUCGUGAAACAAAAUUUAAAAAAUAUUAUUUUUAUUUAACAUAAAAUAUAAAAUAUUCUAUAAUGAAACACUAAUAUUUCAUUAAUAUUAAAAUGUUACCAUAUCACUAAUCAAAGAUUUCAAAUCUUUGCUUUACCAAAAUACUAACUUUGGUCAAAUUUUGUUUGAUACACGUUCAAUAUAAAACUUACU